GGCGGAAGCGCGGGGCCCCGGGGCCGGGAUCGGGAUCGGGAUCGGGAUCGGGGCCGCCGCCAUGGCCUGCUCCUGGAACUGGAACCCGCUGGGCGAACAAACCUUCUACCGGCGCUCGGAGCUGUACAGCAUGGCGUGGGACCUGGCGGAGGAGCUGCGGGACUGCCUGAUGGCCGCCGCGCCGUACGGGGGCCCCAUCGCGCUGCUGAAGAACAACUGGCGGAAGGAGAAGUCGCCGGGCUCCCGCCCCGUGCUGGAGAUCUACUCGGCCGCCGGCCUGCCCCUGGCCAGCAUCGUGUGGAAGAGCGGGCAGGUGGUGCAGCUGGGCUGGACGGCCAGCGAGGACCUGCUGUGCAUUCAGGAGGACGGCUCCGUGCUCAUCUACAACCUCUUCUGCGAGUUCAAGCGCCACUUCAGCAUGGGCAACGAGGUGCUGCAGAACCAUGUGCUGGAGGCCCGGGUCUUCCACACCGAGUACGGCACUGGCGUGGCCAUCCUCACUGGUGCCCACCGCUUCUCCCUUGCCACCAACAUCGAUGACCUGAAGCUGCGCAGGAUGCAUGACAUGCCCAGUCUGCAGAAGCCGCCCUCCUGCUGGGCUGUGCUGUUCCAGGACAGAGUGACCGUCAUCCUGCUGGCCACUGGCCAGGAGCUGUACUUGCUGGACAACACCUCCUGCAACGCGAUGACGCCACCUGGACUGAGCCCCCAGGCAGGAGCCUACCUGCAGAUGGCUGUGUCCUUCAACUACCGCUACGUGGCGCUCUACACGGACACUGGCUACAUCUGGAUGGGCACAGCCACGUUCAAGGAGAAGCUGGGUGAGUUCAGCUGUGACAUCCGCGCACCACCCAGAGAGAUGGUUUGGUGUGCGCGGCCCCGGAGCAAGCAGCGGGCAGUUGUGGUAGCCUGGGACCGGCGGCUCAUGGUGGCUGGGAACACCGAAGAGUGCAUCCAGUUUGUUCUGGACGAGGACUCCUACCUGGUGCCUGAGCUGGACGGCGUGAGGAUUUUCUCUCGCACCUCGCACGAGUUCUUGCACGAGAUCCCGGAGGCCAGCCAGGAGAUCUUCAGGAUCGCCUCGAUGGCGCCAGGCGCCUUGCUGCUGGAAGCCCAGAAGCAGUACGAGAAAGAAAGCCAGAAGGCAGACGAGUACCUGCGGGAGAUCAAGGACAAGGAGCAGCUCUCGGAGGCCGUACAGCAGUGCAUCGAGGCUGCAGGCUACGAGCAUGAGCCCGAGACCCAAAAGUCCCUGCUCAGGGCAGCCUCCUUCGGCAAGUGCUUCCUCGACCGGUUCUCCCCCGAGAGCUUUGUGCGCAUGUGCCAGGACCUGCGGGUGCUCAAUGCCAUCCGGGACUACCAGAUCGGCAUCCCCCUCACCUUUGCCCAAUACAAGCAGCUCACCAUCGAAGUGCUGCUGGACAGGCUCGUCCUCCGGAGACUCUAUCCUCUGGCCAUCAAGAUCUGUGAGUACCUGCGCCUUUCUGAGAUCCAGGGCGUCAGCAGGAUUCUCGCCCACUGGGCCUGCUACAAGGUGCAGCAGAAGGACAAGUCAGACGAGGAGGUGGCCCAAGCCAUCAACCAGAAGCUGGGAGACACCCCCGGCAUCUCGUACUCGGAGAUCGCUGGCCGUGCCUACGAGUGUGGCCGCACCGAGCUGGCCAUCAAGCUCCUCGAGUAUGAGCCCCGGUCAGGGGAGCAGGUCCCACUGCUGCUGAAGAUGAAGCGGAGCAAGCUGGCGCUGAGCAAAGCCAUCGAGAGCGGGGACACGGACCUGGUGUACACAGUCGUGCUGCACCUGAAGAACGAACUGAACCGUGGCAACUUCUUCAUGACGCUGCAGAACCAGCCAGUGGCCCUGAGCCUCUACCGCCAGUUCUGCAAGCAUCAGGAGAGGGAGACGCUCAAGGACCUGUACAACCAGGACGACAACCACCAGGAGCUCGGCAAUUUCCACGUCCACACCAGCUACGCCAGCGAGAAGCGGAUCGAGGGGCGGGUGGCAGCACUGCAAAACGCAGUGGACGAGUACUACAAGGCCAAGAAUGAGUUUGCCGCCAAAGCCACGGAGGAUCAGAUCAAGCUGCUGCGGAUCCAGCACCGGCUACAGGAGGACUUGGACAAGCCCUACCUGGACUGCUCCCUACACGACACCAUCUCCCACCUCAUCCUGGAUGGCAAACACAAGCGGGCUGAGCAGCUGUAUCGGGAGUUCAAGAUCCCUGACAAGAGGUUCUGGUGGCUGAAGAUAAGCAGCUUGGCUGAGUGCGGCGACUGGGAGGAGAUGGAGAAGUUCUCCAAGAGCAAGAAGUCACCCAUCGGGUACCUGCCCUUCGUGGAGAUCUGCGUGAAGUACCACAACCGCCACGAGGCCAAGAAGUACGCGGCCCGCGUCGUGCCCGAGCAGAAGGUCAAGGCCUUCAUCCUGGUGGGAGACCUGGACCAAGCCGCUGACGCCGCCAUCGAGCACAAGAGCGAGAGCGAGAUGAGCCUGGUGCUGGCCAAGUGCUCCCCUGCCAUCGACGCCACCGUCGUGGAGAAGCUCAAUCGCGCCCGGGCCCAGAUCCUCAAGAAAUAGCUCCUGCCCCGGCCAUCCCUGGACCCCGGGUGCUGGCCAGGCGCGGUGCUGUGCUCUGGACAUUGUGUCCCAGGCCGGCACCAUGGGGGCAAGGAUUGUGGCUUCUCGGCCUGGCUGCAGCCCACUUGCCAGCCUCUGCGCAGCGAACUUUGUCUGGAGGAGCUGCUGAACGCAUGCCAAGGGGGUCUCCCCGUGCUGCUGUUGGGUGCAGGAGCUGGACAUGGGCACCUGCGGCCUGUCCUGCUCCCCCAGGCUAUUUAUUGCUCCAGCCCAAACCCCCGUCCAGCCGGCUCCUGCACCAGCCGCGCUGCCCUUGCCCUCCUUGCUGCUGGCUGAGCACAAGGGCAGGGGUGGAAGUCACGUCCUCCCGGGUUCCCCUUGCAAGAGGCUGGGGUGGCAUUGCUGUGGGGGCUGCGGUUUGGCCCUGGGGGGGAGAGGUGUACGGGGGGCUCAUUUGUGUGCAGGGGGUGCAUGGAGCCCAGUGCCAGGCUGGGGACGCCUACACGAGGGUUCACGGAGGCUGGGCACGUAGCUACCCAGCCUGUCUUCACUGUGGGAAAUAAAACCCUGGAUGCCCCUCUG